CCAAAAGUAAUCGUGCAGUUUCGUACUCCAAUAUUCUUCUUCUUUUUCUUCACCUUCUUCACACUCUUCUGCAUCUCAACACCAAACAAAGUACAAACCCUUAGAUUCUUUGCUCGCCAGGAUCGUCAGAAAGAGAGCUCUGGUUCUCCUUACAUCCAAUCAAAAACUUUCUCCUAGCUGCAGCCAUGUCGUCUUCUUUCCUUCCCGCCACAACAGAGUCCAUUGCUCAGGCAUUGGAAGCUAAAGACCCAUCUGAGGCCAUCUCCAUUCUUUAUCGCGUACUUGGUGAUCCUUCAUCUUCUCCCGAAGCUCUGCGCAUGAAAGAACAGGCCAUCACAAAUCUCACCGACCUGCUCAGACAAGAGAACAGGGCAGAGGAUCUGCGCAGCCUUCUCACUCAGUUGAGGCCAUUCUUUUCCUUGAUUCCCAAGGCAAAAACUGCGAAGAUUGUGAGGGGAAUAAUUGAUUCUGUUGCUAAAAUACCCGGGACAUCUGAGUUACAAAUUUCACUCUGCAAAGAAAUGGUGCAAUGGACUCGUGAUGAAAAACGUACCUUUCUGAGGCAGCGAAUUGAGGCAAGGCUUGCUACUCUUCUGAUGGAAAGUAAGGAAUAUUCACAAGCUUUGACUCUCCUUAAUGGCUUGAUCAAAGAGGUUAGAAGAUUAGAUGACAAACUCCUACUUGUAGACAUAGACUUGCUUGAAAGCAAGCUACACUUCUCCCUAAGGAAUCUUCCAAAAGCAAAAGCUGCCCUCACUGCUGCAAGAACAGCUGCAAAUGCUAUUUAUGUUCCACCAGCUCAACAAGGUGCCAUUGAUUUGCAGAGUGGAAUUCUUCAUGCUGAAGAGAAGGAUUACAAAACUGCAUAUAGUUAUUUCUUUGAAGCUUUUGAGUCUUUCAAUGCUCUUGAAGAUCCAAAAGCUGUCUUUAGCCUGAAAUACAUGCUUCUGUGUAAGAUUAUGGUGAGUCAAGCUGAUGAUGUGGCUGGAAUCAUAUCUUCUAAAGCAGGCCUGCAAUACCUUGGACCUGAUUUGGAUGCGAUGAAAGCUGUUGCAGAUGCUCAUUCAAAAAGAUCCCUGAAACUAUUUGAAACUGCUUUGAGAGACUACAAGGCACAGUUGGAGGAAGAUCCAAUUGUUCACAGGCACUUGUCAUCCCUGUAUGAUACCCUUCUGGAGCAGAAUCUUUGCAGAUUGAUUGAGCCAUUCUCAAGGGUUGAGAUUGCACAUAUUGCUGAACUUAUUGAGCUUCCCAUUGAUCACGUGGAGCGGAAGAUGUCUCAGAUGAUUUUGGACAAGAAGUUCGCUGGGACAUUGGAUCAGGGUGCUGGAUGCCUUGUCAUCUUUGAUGACCCUAAAACCGAUGCUAUAUACCCUGCAACUUUAGAAACCAUUUCUAAUGUUGGGAAAGUUGUCGACAGUCUUUUCGGUAGGUCUGCCAAGAUAAUGGCAUGAAAUCUCCAUCGGGUUACUUUAUUCACAUAUGAGUCAUUGAUACUUUUGUUUUCUUCUUAAUGAUAAGUAGGAAAGCAUUUGUUUAGUUUAUGAAUAUGUCAAAUUGGAAGAUAUUAGUUUUUGAAUUGGUUGAUCACUAAACCAUUUCGGGUGUGGCCUUAUGAUAAUGUGUUUGGAUAUUUGUUCUUGAAAAUUAAAUGCAUGUACGUGUUUGUAUUUCA